AUGGAGGGCGCAGGGCCCCGGGGGGCCGGGCCGGCGCGGCGCCGGGGAGCCGGGGGGCCGCCGUCGCCGCUGCUGCCGCCGCUGCUGCUCCUGCUGCUCUGGCUGCUGCCCGGCCCCGCGGCGUCCCAGGAGCUGAACCCGCGCGGCCGCAACGUGUGCCGCGCGCCCGGCUCCCAGGAGCCCACGUGCUGUGCCGGCUGGAGGCAGCAGGGCGACGAGUGUGGGGUCGCGGUGUGCGAAGGCAACUCCACGUGCUCGGAGAACGAAGUGUGCGUGCGGCCGGGCGAGUGCCGCUGCCGCCAUGGCUACUUCGGUGCCAACUGCGACACCAAGUGCCCUCGCCAGUUCUGGGGCCCCGACUGCAAAGAGCUGUGUAUCUGCCACCCGCAUGGGCAGUGUGAAGACGUGACGGGCCAGUGUACGUGUCACGCGCGGCGCUGGGGCGCACGCUGCGAGCAUGCGUGCCAGUGCCAGCAUGGCGUGUGCCACCCGCGGAGCGGCGCGUGUCGCUGCGAGCCUGGCUGGUGGGGCGCGCAGUGCGCCAGCGCGUGCUACUGCAGCGCCACGUCGCGCUGCGACCCACAGACGGGCGCGUGCCUGUGCCACGCAGGCUGGUGGGGCCGCAGCUGCAACAAUCAGUGCGCCUGCAACACGUCGCCGUGCGAGCAACAGAGCGGCCGCUGCCAGUGCCGCGAGCGCACGUUUGGCGCGCGCUGCGAGCGCUACUGCCAGUGCUUUCGCGGCCGCUGCCACCCUGUGGACGGCACGUGCGCCUGCGAGCCGGGCUACCGGGGCAAGUACUGCCGGGAGCCGUGCCCUGCCGGCUUCUACGGCCUGGGCUGCCGCCGCCGAUGCGGCCAGUGCAAAGGCCAGCAGCCUUGCACGGUGGCCGAGGGCCGCUGCCUGACUUGCGAGCCCGGCUGGAACGGCACCAAGUGCGACCAGCCGUGCUCCACCGGCUUCUAUGGCGAGGGCUGCGGCCACCGCUGCCCGCCCUGCCGCGACGGGCAUGCCUGCAACCACGUCACUGGCAAGUGCACGCGCUGCAACGCGGGCUGGAUCGGCGACCGGUGCGAGACCAAGUGCAGCAAUGGCACUUACGGCGAGGACUGUGCAUUUGUGUGCGCCGACUGCGGCAGUGGCCACUGCGACUUCCAGUCGGGGCGUUGCCUGUGCAGCCCUGGCGUCCACGGGCCCCACUGUAACCUGACGUGCCCGCCUGGGCUCCACGGCGUGGACUGCGCCCAGGCCUGCAGCUGCCACGAGGACUCGUGCGACCCGGUCACUGGUGCCUGCCGCCUGGAGACCAACCAGCGCAAGGGCGUGAUGGGCGCGGGUGCGUUGCUUGCGCUGCUCCUCGGCCUGCUGCUCUCGCUGCUCGGCUGCUGCUGCGCCUGCCGCGGCAAGGACCCGGCGCGCCGGCCCCGCCCCCGCAGGGAGCUCACGCUCGGGAGGAAGAAGGCGCCGCAGCGAUUGUGCGGUCGCUUCAGCCGCAUCAGCAUGAAGCUGCCCCGGAUCCCGCUCCGGAGGCAGAAGCUGCCCAAGGUCGUAGUGGCCCAUCACGACCUGGAUAACACACUCAACUGUAGCUUCCUGGAGCCACCGUCGGGGCUGGAGCAGCCCUCGCCAUCAUGGUCCUCCCGGGCCUCCUUCUCCUCCUUCGACACCACCGAUGAGGGGCCCGUGUACUGCAUACCCCACGAGGAGACCGCAACCGAGAGCCGGGACGCGGAGCCCCCCACCGCCCCUACCGAGGCGCUGGCGUCAUGCCCCGCGCCGGUGACCACGCCGGCGUCCACAGAGGAGGCGACGCCCCUCCCCGCGUCCUCUGACAGCGAGCGGUCGGCGUCUAGCGUGGAGGGGCCCGGCGGGGCGCUGUACGCGCGCGUGGCCCGGCGCGAGGCCCGGCCGGCCCGGGCCCGGGGAGAGGCUGGGGGCCUGUCACUUUCGCCAUCUCCCGAGCGCAGGAAGCCGCCUCCACCCGACCCUGCCACCAAGCCCAAGGUGUCCUGGAUCCACGGCAAGCAUGGCGCCGCUGCCGCUGCAGGUGCGCCCUCACCGCCACUCUCGGGACCCGAGGCCGCGCCCAGUCCCAGCAAGAGGAAACGGACGCCCAGCGACACGUCGGCGCGGCCGGAUGAGCCCGGCAGCCCCCGGGCCCGCGACCCAACGCCUCGGCCCCCGGGGCUGGCGGAGGAGGGGCCCGCCCUCUCCGCCCCCUCGCCACCUAGGGCUCGGGCGCGGGGUCGCGGCCCUGGCCUCUCGGAGCCCACGGACGCUGGCGGUCCCCCGCGCAGCGCGCCCGAGGCCGCCUCCAUGCUGGCCGCGGAGCUGCGCGACAAGACUCGCAGCCUGGGCCGCGCCGAAGGGGCUCCGGGCGCGCAGGGCCCGCGAGAGAAGCCGGCGCCGCCGCAGAAGGCCAAGCGCUCGGUGCUGCCCGCCUCGCCGGCCCGCGCUUCCCCUGCGCCAGAGGCCCCGGGGCCCGAGAAGGUGGCGGCCGGCGCGCCCGCGCCUGACACCCCCCGGAAGAAGACCCCCAUCCAGAAGCCGCCGCGCAAGAAGAGCCGGGAAGCGGCGGGCGAGCUGGGCAGGGCGGGCGCGCCCACCCUGUAG